UCCUGUACCGCUGUCAGUCAACUAAAAUGUCAAAAUCUCAAAAAUAGUUUUUUUUUACCAGAAGCUACGUCCAAAAUGGCAGCCACACGAAGACUUCAAAAGGAACUGGCUGACAUCCGCGCCUCCGGUCUGAGAUCAUUCAGAGACAUAAUCGUGGACGAAGGAAAUCUAUUGUUAUGGUCUGGUCUGAUCGUUCCGGAAAAUGCUCCCUACAACAAAGGUGCGUUCAGAAUCGAAAUAACGUAUCCCGCAGAGUAUCCCUUCAAACCACCAAAAAUUUGCUUCAAAACCAAAAUUUACCACCCCAACAUAGACGAGAAGGGUCAAGUGUGCUUGCCAAUUAUUAGCGCUGAGAACUGGAAGCCAGCAACAAAGACUGAUCAGGUUAUACAAGCUCUAAUAGCACUGGUAAAUGAUCCUGAACCAGAGCACCCGCUUCGAGCGGAUCUAGCAGAGGAAUACUUGAAGGAUCGCAAAAAGUUCACCAAGAACGCGGAGGAAUACACUCGGAAACACAGUGAGAAACGACCGGAAUAAGAUUCCCUUCCACCCAUCCUCAGCAUCGAAGAGCAAAUCCAAAUCACAAUACACACAAACGCAUAAGUACGUUGUGUAUACUUAAAUUCAUCUAGUAUUUUCUUCCUUUUUAAAUUCCUUAUUUAAACCGUGGCGUUAGCUAUCUUGUUGCAAGUUCAACAUAAAAAAGAACAAAUGAUAAUAAAUUUGAAUAGAUGAAGUGCGUUUCAUUUUCAUUUGGUUGAUUCGCGAAUUGCUUUCCUCAUUUUUCAUUUUCUGUUUUUGCUGUGAGAGUGCGUAAAAGAUCAUUUGAGCUUGUUCUUAAGUGUAGAGCAUUAUGCAUCUUUUUGUGCUUGGAAAAAUGCGUUUUUCUUUCAUUCAACUCGAUUAUUAACAAAUAAUAAUAGUGAAAUAUGCUUUAACAAAACGAAGUGAAAUAACUAAAGCAACCUAAGUUAUAAGAGAACUAAUGUAAUAACUUAAAACUCACACUGAAGUGAAGAGAAAGAAAAUGUGUAAUGCAUUUAAUUUAGAUCUAAACAAUAUGUACUAUGUAACACGUCUGUGACAGCAAAACUGCGUUCUAACUAUAAUUAGAAAAAAAAAUAUGUUCAAUAAAAGUAACGAACAAAUGUUGAAUCGAUAAUGUA